AUGGAUAAUGGAAGAAAUGUGACGGAAUUUAUCUUAUUAGGACUUACACAAAAUCCAAAGUUGCAGAAAGUAAUAUUUUUAGUGUUUCUUGCCUUGUACAUGGUAACACUAGUAGGCAACCUACUCAUUGUAGUCACUAUUACCACCAGCCAUACUUUAGGCUCCCCAAUGUAUUUCUUCCUGGCACACUUGUCUUUUCUAGAUACAAUUUAUUCAUCUUCCUCAGCUCCUAAACUGAUCGCAGAUUGCCUCCAUGAGAAGAAAGUAAUCUCCUUCAGUGGCUGCAUGGUCCAGGUCUAUGCAGAACAUAUCUUUGGGGGUACUGAGAUCAUCCUGCUCAUGGUGAUGGCCUAUGAUAGAUAUGUUGCAAUCUGUAAACCCCUCCAUUACAUGACUGUUAUGAGCAGGAAGUUAUGUGUCAUUCUCAUGGUGGUAGCUUGGACAGGGGGCUUUCUCCAUGCCACAAUUCAGAUUCUUUUUACAAUCUGGCUGCCUUUCUGUGGACCCAACAUCAUAGAUCACUUCAUGUGUGACUUGUACCCUUUACUCAAUCUUGUCUGCAUGGACACCUAUAAUCUCGGUCUAUUUGUUGCACUUAACAGUGGCUUCAUCUGUCUCUUAAAUUUCCUUUUUUUGAUGGCCUCCUAUAUUGUCAUUCUGCACUCACUGAAGAAUUACAGUCUAGCAGGGAGACGGAAAGCUCUUUCUACCUGUGUCUCCCACAUUACUGUAGUUGUCUUAUCCUUUUUGCCUUGUAUAUUUGUUUACCUGAGGCCUGCUGUCACUCUGCCUAUAGAUAAGGCAGUAGCUGUUUUCUAUACUAUGAUAUCCCCAUUGUUAAAUCCUUUAAUAUACACCCUCAGGAAUACAGAGAUAAAAAAUGCUAUGAGAAGACUCUGGAGUAAAAAAGUAAAUUCACAUAAUAAAUAA